GUUCCAACAGCAACAGCCAAUUCGUCCCGAGUUGUCCGAUCUUCGGCUGGUGACCUUCCGCUUGCUGGACCACGCAAAUAGAAGCGAGGCAAAUUGAGGAGGAGAACUGGACCACGCGAAGUGAAGCGAGGCAAAUCGAAGACGAGAAUGUUUAAAGAGGAGGAGAACUGGCCUCUCUUUGGAAAAAUAAUUCGAGUUGUGCCACUCGUAAUUAUUUCUGUCGGCUCAGCUCCUGCCACUUGUUGCUUCGCGUCAUGAACGUUGUGCCAUGGUCCGAGAUGUUGGCCAAAUAUUCCAUCUUUUCCAGGGUUUAGGGAGUUGGAAGGAGUCACCCUAUCGAGCGGAAGCGUGAAUGUGCUCUAGGAUUCUUCUUCAGUUGCAUUCAAUUCAUUUUUUUAGAAGUUCAAGUGAAGUCUGACUGUGUAUGGUCUUCAAGGCUUGCCGCAAGUGCCCACAUAAACCAACAGUUGGCGUUGAGUCGUCAGCAAUGUUUCAAAGGUUCGAAUGUUUGGCGGUUUGAUGCUCAAAGCUUCUAUGCUAAGGAAGGUCUGGCCCUGAAAAGUCGUUUGGCCACCUUAUGGAAGAGUAAACAGAAACGAGACGUUCGAUAUUUUGGUACAACCUCUAUGGCAGAAGCCAGUCCUCCGGAAAAGGUUGAAAAUCUCCCAAUGGUACAGCGUGAAAACUCUGUUGGGGGGCAAUCAGAUGAGGCUGGAUUACUAUCAGCGUCAAUGUUUGUGGAUGCUUGUUUUUUCCGAUUUCUGGUUGGGAAGGGAGGAAUCACAAAACAGAUGUUAGAGAAGGACACAGAUGUGAGUUUACAGAUCCCAUCACCUAAGGAAGCUAAACAAGGCAAAUAUUUAGUGAUUCAAGGUGAGUCACAAGAGGCUUUGGACAAUGCAAUGCACCAGGUGAACACAAUUAUCAACCAGGCCAUCAAAAGCCCACAAUUUCAGUACUCGCACUUUGUUUCCAUUCCAUUAGCACUGCACCCACAACUACUAGAGUCUGUGAAAGCUUUUCAGAAGACUGUGCUGGAAUUUGAUGAUGAGUCUGGAAUGAGCAACAAAGGUAUUGACAAGUCUAUAUUUGUGAAACAUACAACGUUUCAUUUGACACUCCUCAUGUUAAAACUGUGGAACGAAGAGCUAGUGCAAAAUGCUGCUGAUUGCUUGCAAAAAGUAACGCCUCGAGUUCAUGAGGCUCUAGAAGGUUCUCCGCUGACAAUCACACUUCGCGGCGUGGAUUGCAUGAAAGGAAAUCCUGCAAAAGCCCAUGUGCUUUAUGCUGACGUCGAACCUAAUGACCAGGCAGGACGCCUCAUUAAAGCAAGUCAGGUGAUUACUGAGGCUUUUACCGAAGCAGGUCUUGUAAUGGACAAAGAUCAGACACAGACUUUGAAGCUACACGCAACAUUGAUGAACACAACACAGCGAGCAGGGGGAGAGUCGGGUAAGAGGUACAAGAAAAGAAUUCCAUUUGAUGCAACGGAAAUCAUGGAAAAAUAUAAAGAGCAUCAAUGGGGAGAGUAUCAUAUUUCAGAAGUCCACUUGUCGCAACGUUUUGUUUAUGAUACAAAUGGGUACUACCGUAGCUGUAAUUCCAUUCCAUUUCCUGAAAUUCCGAGUCGUGCGCUGACUCCCGAGUCCUGAGUGAUAUUCCUUGGAGGAGUGCAGAUUAUGGAGUAUACAACUCUUCCCUCUUUGAAUAGCGAGGUUGGUUAUGCAGAUCAGAUGCUCUGUGGUAUUACACAAUACAAAGAUGCCCACAAUUAAACAGCCUAAUUGGUUGUGUUUUCAUCGACACAUGAUACGCUGUACAUGUAUAAUGGAGUUCACAACCAUGAUGACGUGGGACGAGUAUCUUUCAGGUCAAUAUGAGUGUCUAUUGGGAUUUGUACAUGCUGGACACCGAGGAUGGCUGACGAUUGGAUAACGUAAAUCCUUCCGAAUUGCUGGAUACUUAUAUAUGUAUCAUAUCAUUCGGAUGCA